AUGAGUUUGGAAUUUUAUAAAGCGUUUGUUAUGCUACUAUUAACCUUGCCAUUGUAUUCUGGGAGAAAAACCAAAACCACACCAUGGCCUGAACGAAUUGUGGGUGGUAAAGACAUACCACCUGGCCACCAUGUGCCCUACCAAGUCUCCUUGCAAUACUUUGUGAAUACCAGUGCGCCCAACGAGAAGGGAGCAUAUAAACAUUAUUGUGGCGGCUCCAUUAUCUCCAGCUAUCAUAUACUGACAGCAGCCCAUUGCUGCAGCGGCUUCGACCCAAAGCUCAUGUCUAUAUGGGCAGGCGAUCGAGACCUUAGAAGCCAGCAUGCCUUGCGCUUUGCAGUUGCCAACUAUACAAUACAUCCCAAUUAUGAGGAGUUGGUGACUAGUGAUAUAGCCAUCAUCAAAUUGUGUAGGCCCAUGUAUUUGGACAAUGUUCGUAUGGGCGCCAUAGAUGUGAGCAGUAAGCAGCACACUCCAGGAGGUGUAACUGUCAUGUUAACCGGUUGGGGUCUACGCCUGCCUUACCAUUUUCAAGUUCCAUUCCCCCUGCUGCAAGAACAAGUUAAUGCAGUAACACUACCCAACAUUUUACAAGUUUCCACCUUCCUUACGGUCUCAGAUGAAGUGUGUAAACAGGUCAUAGAUCAGCUGACAAAAACGGAACUCUGUGUGACGGGUGAUUUAUUCAAGGGAGCGUGUCCGGGUGACUCUGGCGGUCCCUUAGUAGAGAUGUCAGCCCAAGGCCUUCGUCAAGUGGGUAUCGUUUCUUAUGGUCUUUUCAUAUGUGGUCUCUUUAGCAGUCUUGUACCCGAUGUUUACACCAGAGUAUCCGAAUUUUCCGAUUGGAUUUAUAAUACCAUGCAUUAUGAAUUGUAAUGCACUGUACCCCAGCCACUAUACACCGACAAUGUUAUCUUU